CAGUGUACAGAGCAUAUACUUGAGUUGAGGCCCUCUCAGAAUUCAGCAUUUCAGCUAGUGGGCUUCAACUUCAUCCACAACUUUUACUUUUAAUUUUCCCUUUUUUUACAAAGAAAAAUGUCAUUGACAGCGUCUAUUCCUAUCCGGCCAUUUACAAGUUUUUCCCACGCCACACUUCGAAACCCCAUCAAAAUCUCCGCCUUCACACUAGAUUUUCCUCUGCCCAAAUCUGUGCGCCGGAAUACCACAACCCGGAGGAGACCCAACUCCAUGAACGGCGGCGCAGUUGCAGCGAGAAUGGAUGAUGAUGAUGAUGACGAGGACGUUCCAUUUUCCCCAUCGCUUGAGCAAGAAGCUUUCAUCAAUGCAUCCAAACUUGUUGGUGCUUCUGUUUCUGGACUCGAAGCCGUCCUGAAUAAGCUGAGUAAAUGGCUUUUUGCUGUAGUUUUUGGUGUAAUCCUGCUCUGGAGACAUGAUGCACAGACACUUUGGGCUUCUAUUGGUUCUAUUCUGAAUUCUGCGCUUUCACACAUCCUGAAGAGAAUAUUGAACCAGAAACGACCCGGUUCCACCUCACGAUCAGAUCCCGGAAUGCCAUCUUCACAUGCACAAUCAAUCUUCUAUAUUGUCACAUUCGCUAUAGUCUCAAUGGUUCAAUGGUUUGGACUGAAUGGACUCACAGCAGCACUUGCCGGGCUUAUCUUUGCACUUGGUUCUUAUUUUUCAUGGCUACGAAUUUCACAGAAGCUUCAUACGGUCAACCAAGUGCUUGUGGGUGCAGCGAUAGGGUUAGGCUUCUCCGUAGUCUGGUUGUGGUUAUGGGAUGCGAUUGUGUUGAAGGCGUUCAUAUCCUUCCUUUGGGUUCGGAUUAUUGUUGUUCUUGCUGCUGUCGGGUUAUGCUCCAGCUUUGUCAUAUAUGUUGUUCGAUACUGGGUUCUUGAUGAACAAUGACAUUUUUCCUGCAAUCAAAUACUCUGAGAAUCUAACAGUAUUUGUUGGAUUUGGAUACAUAGACAUAGUGACUGUAGAAACAGCUGAUCAUUCACUAACACUGUAGUAACCUUAGUUUUCUGAACGUUUAUUACGUAUGCAUUGGUCAAAUAUCCAAUUAUACAAAUUCUAUAUGUUUACAUAUUUUA